UCGGAGCCUCUCGUGAGAGGGGAAACUACGAAUCCCACAAGGCACCGCGGAGCUUCUGGGGGAGGGGCGCGCGAGUGCGCGUGCGCAACGGCCACGGAUGAGCCGGAACGAUAGAAGAUGGCGGCCAGGUUGAAGGGAGGAGGAGGCGGCGGCGGGGACCAAAACAACCGGCUCGUGUCGCUGCCUUUGUCUCGGAUCCGAGUGAUCAUGAAGAGCUCGCCCGAAGUCUCCAGCAUCAACCCGGACGCUAUUUUCCUCACCGCUAAAGCGACGGAGCUGUUUGUUCAGUAUUUAGCGGCACACUCCUAUAAGCAUGGCCAGGGCAAGGAGAAUAAAGCCCUAACUUAUAAUGACCUGUCCCGUACAGCAGAAAAAUCUGAGACUUUUCAGUUCCUAGCAGAUAUCUUGCCAAAGAAGAUCUUGGCUAGCAAAUACCUUAAAAUGCUGGAGAGAGAAAAAGAAGGAGAACAAGAGGAGGAGGAGGAGGAGGAGGAACAAAAAAGUGAAACUGAAAGUGAUGAUGAUGAAGCAUCUUAAGGAUGAAAAGUGAUGGUGUGCACCGUGUCCUUGUUCUAUAAACGUUUUAGAUGAUUUCUGGCCACUUAAAUUCUUGCUAUCUCUGUCUUGGUUGAAAACUAAGACUUCAGCAUCGGUUUGAAUAUGUACACGGACCAUUUUCUUUUGUAUCUUAUGAACUAGCUUUUUCAAAGACUAUUCAUAGCAUACCAGAUGUUCUUGUCACAAGAACGGUGUCUCUACAAUAGAGAAGUUAUGUCUUCUCUGCCCACAUUGGGCAACCUCAAGGUCAUGUAUUUUUCUACUUGCCAAAGCUAUGGCUCUUCUCUGUGAGCUAAGGCAGGCCUAAUCUUUAAUGUUUUUUGUAAAAGAGAGCUGUUACUUACUUGUUUCAUAGAAGACA